AUGGCAGGUAAAGCAAAGGCAGUCCAGGCACUGGGCAAUUUCGCAUCUUGCGAUAUCGGGGAUGCCCUAGUCAAACUCGGAAUCAAACAUGGCGGAUACCUCUCAGGCCUAUCGAUGUACAGCCCUCACCGAAAGAGCGGACACUCCAAGAUCUUCGGCCCUGCAUAUACAGUCCGCAUGGUACCAGCAGCCGACAAGACCUCCCCGACCCCUGAACGCCAUUUCGCCGAUGCAAUCCCCAAGGACAGCGUCGUUUUCGUCUCCCAGCCGAAGGGGCUGAUCAGUGCAUGCUGGGGAGGAUUGAUGAGCACUCGCGCUCAGAAGCUAGGUGCCGCCGGUGUGGUCAUUGAUGGUCGUUUCAGAGAUAUUGAGGAGCAUUGUGCCUUGAACAUGGGACUUUUCGCUCGAGGAAUUAGCAUUUUGGGGUCAAACAGUUUUACUCGGUCUGCUGAGCUCAAUGUCCCAGUUGAGUAUGAAAAUGUUGAGGUCGGUGAGAAGGUGGCUAUCAACCCGGGUGACUAUAUCCUUGGUGAUUGUGAUGGUGUUGUCGCAAUUCCGCCUAGUGUUGUUGAAGAAUGCUUGCGUGCCUGCCAGGAGCGGUAUGAGAUUGACGAGAAGACGAGGGAAUGUUUGGAAAACGGGGAUGAGAUGGGACCUACUAUCAAGAAACUCAGAAAGUAG